AAAAAAGUAACGUGAAUCACAGCCUGACGCGCCCAGCCGUUGGUCAGUGUUGACGGUUUAACCGCCACUUUCUGAGGAGAAAAUAUGAAAACGUAGCUUAAUGCACAGAAGACCAGCGAAGUAAAAGGCAAAUUAACUAACUUGCGGACAAAACCGGCUUCCUUCUUCACAUAUACACUAAAGUAAGUGGAAAAACACAAGUAGAAAAUACUCAGAGAACAUUUUGCUGCUUUAUUUCCACCAAGUUAACGUUAACUCGAUUAAAUAGGCUAGGCUAAUUGACUGCUCGUCACUUUGCGUUAACUUCUGCUAUCUAGUUAGCUUGCUAGCGGUUUCUUCUUAAUUAGAGAUAAAGCGUCGAGACGUUUGUCUCCCUCCAGCUGGACAAAACUGACCUCUGACAGGGCGAAAAAAACUUAACUGGACUUAAGUUACCUGCUGGCUGUUGUUAGUGAUGUUCCUUGACUUAAUUAAGCGUGAGUCGCUGGACGGGAACGGCAGACGGCUGCUCAUUCCGGCUUGUCAGCGUCUGUCGAGGUAAACAGUUUCCAAAGCAAGACAGUCUCCGGCGCUAUGGAGGUCGUAACGAACCAGCCGGCCGGGGAGAGCGGAGGUUUGGGAGGAGGAGGAGGGGACCAUGCGCCCAACAUGUCCGUGGCUGCCGCGGAGAGAGCGGAGGUGAGCAGCCCCAGCCCCCUGACCAAGCAGCGGUCUCUCCGCGCCGUCUACGUCUUGAACGACGGGCUAAAGGCGGUGGCGGCCAACAGCCCCGAGUCCGGAGCCCUGCAGUGCCUCCAGAGAGCCUGCGACGCCGAGAGUGCCAUCCUCACCACAGUCACUUUCGGCCGGUUGGACUUUGGAGAAACCUCCGUGUUGGACACCUUCUACGAUGCAGACAUCGCAGUUGUGGACAUGAGUGAUGUGUUCAGACAGCCAUCGCUCUUCUACCAUCUGGGUGUGCGUGAGAGUUUCGACAUGGCCAACAAUGUCAUUCUUUACCAUGACACAGACCCUGACACAGCUCAGUCACUGAAGGACAUGGUGGCACAGAAAAACACAGCUGCAAGGCCAGUUACAGUAGGCUUUCCGUGGGUGCAGUUGCCUCCAGAGUACAGAGGCUCCGGUUUGAGGAAUAAAGCCUCCAGUGGGAACUAUUACUUCAUCCCCUACGUGAUGACACCCAACCAUGAGUACAUCUGCUGCGAGAACGUGGCCCAGCGGAGAGCGUCCGAGUACAUGCAGCCCAGCUGGGAUAACCUACUCGGACCUCUGUGCGUGCCACUGGUGGACCGCUUUGUCAGUCUGCUCAAAGACAUCCACGUCACGUCCUGUGCAUCGUUCAAAGACACUCUGUUGAAUGACAUCCGAAAAGCCAGAGAGAAGUACCAGGGGGAGGAGCUGGCCAAGGAGCUGUCUCGAAUCAAGCUCCGCAUUGACAACACUGAGGUUCUUACUCAAGAUAUCGUUAUGAACCUGCUCUUCUCCUACAGAGACAUACAGGACUAUGAUGCCAUGGUGAAACUGGUCCAGACGCUUGAGAUGCUGCCCACUUGUGACCUUGCCAAUCAGCCCAUGAUCCAGUUCCACUAUGCCUUCGCUCUCAAUAGGCGGAAUAGCCCCGGAGACAGAGAACAGGCGUUACGUGUGAUGCUGCAGGUUCUUCAGUCAUGUGAGCAUCCUGCUCCUGACAUGUUCUGUCUGUGUGGCCGCAUCUAUAAGGAUAUUUUCUUGGACUCUGACUGUAAGGAUACCAAAAGCAGGGACAACGCCAUUCAGUGGUACAGGAAGGGCUUUGAGCUGCAGCCCACACUCUACUCCGGCAUCAACCUGGCUGUGCUGCUCAUUGUCUCUGGACAGCAGUUUGAGAGCUCCAUAGAACUCAGGAAAAUAGGUGUCAGGCUAAACAGUCUGCUGGGCCGGAAGGGCAGUCUGGAGAAGAUGAAUAACUACUGGGAUGUCGGGCAGUUCUUUACAGUCAGCAUGCUGGCCAACGACAUCCCUAAAGCAGUGCAGGCUGCUGAAAAGCUCUUCAAACUCAAGCCUCCCAUCUGGUAUUUACGUUCAGUGGUGCAGAACCUCAAGCUCAUCCAGCACUUCAAGAAGCAGAACACAGAGCAUUCCCCGCAGAGAGAGCGACUCAAUUUCUGGAUGGACAUCAUCGUAGAAGCAACACAAGGAACCACUAAUGGCCUGCGUUUCCCAGUGUUGAUUCUGGAGCCUACCAAAGUAUACCAGCCCUCUUAUGUGUCCAUAAACAGUGAAGCCGAAGAGAAAAAUGUGUCUAUCUGGCACGUGUCUCCAGCUGAAACAAAAGGCAUCCAUGAAUGGAACUUCACAGCGUCAUCCAUCAAAGGAAUCAGCAUCUCCAAAUUUGAUGAGCGAUGCUGUUUCCUGUACGUACACGAUAACUCUGAUGAUUUUCAAAUCUAUUUCUCUACGGAGGACCAGUGUGGCAGGUUUUGCUCCAUGGUAAAAGAGGUGAUCACAGAUGGGUCAGGAAAUGCUGUGGAGCUGGAGGGAGAGGGAGAUGGGGACACUCUGGAGUAUGAGUAUGACUACAAUGAGAACGGCGAUAGGGUGGUCCUGGGCAGAGGUACAUACGGAGUUGUAUAUGCCGGGAGAGACCUCAGUAACCAAGUGCGCAUUGCCAUUAAAGAGAUCCCUGAGAGGGACAGCAGGUACUCUCAGCCUCUGCAUGAGGAGAUAGCACUCCACAAAUACCUGAAACACAGAAACAUCGUCCAGUACCUGGGCUCUGUGUCUGAGGACGGCUACAUCAAGAUCUUUAUGGAGCAGGUUCCUGGAGGUAGUCUGUCAGCUUUGCUCCGUUCUAAAUGGGGCCCUCUUAAAGAGGCUACAAUCAUCUUUUAUACUCGUCAGAUUUUGGAAGGGCUACGCUACUUACAUGAAAAUCAGAUUGUCCAUCGGGAUAUUAAGGGAGACAACGUCUUGGUUAACACUUACAGUGGUGUUCUGAAGAUUUCUGACUUCGGCACAUCUAAGAGGCUGGCUGGAGUCAACCCCUGCACUGAGACAUUCACAGGCACGUUGCAGUACAUGGCCCCUGAGAUCAUUGAUAAAGGGCCCCGGGGAUAUGGGGCUCCAGCUGACAUUUGGUCCCUUGGCUGUACCAUCAUAGAAAUGGCAACAGGAAAACCCCCUUUCCAUGAGCUGGGUGAGCCUCAGGCUGCCAUGUUUAAGGUCGGGAUGUUUAAAAUCCAUCCCGAAAUCCCAGAGUCUCUGUCACUUGAGGCCAAGUCCUUCAUUCUGCGCUGCUUUGAGCCAGAUCCCAAUAAAAGAGCCACGGCUGGUGACCUUCUCAAGGAUCUGUUUGUGCGCCACAACAUCAAAGGGAAGAAGAACAAGAUUGCAUUAAAACCUUCAGUGUGGCAAGACUAUAUCCGCAGCGUGUCGCUGCCAGUCCAGUUGCAGUCCGAGGCCACAGGGAGCAGCAGCAGCGAGCACGGCUCUGUGUCGCCAGACUGCGACUCUAAACACGAUGUUUUUUUCGAGAAGAAGAAACGCUCAGGCUCAGAGAACCUCAUCAAGCCCAACAGCUCAAGCUUCCUCAGUGUUCCUGAUGAGAGCCCCACAUCAGAGGACCGCAGCUCUCCGGCCUCAUCUGAGAACAGUGACUCUGGCCUUUUCCUGCUAAAGAAAGACAGUGAGAGACGGGCCAUCCUCUACAAAGUCCUCAAUGAAGACCAGGACAAGGUCACCUCCAACCUUUUGGAGAACCACAUCCAGGGCACAGAGGAGUUGAAGCUGUCGGUAGAUCACAUCAAGCAGAUCAUCUGCAUCUUGCGAGACUUCAUCCGUUCCCCUGAGCGGCGCGUCAUGGCGUCCACCAUCUCCAAGCUCAAACUGGAUCUUGACUUUGACAGCACCUCAAUCAACCAGAUCCAGUUGGUCCUGUUUGGUUUCCAGGACUCUGUAAAUAAGGUGUUGCGUAAUCACCACAUUAAACCUCACUGGAUGUUUGCCAUGGACAACAUCAUAAGACGGGCCGUACAGGCUGCAGUCACAAUACUAAUACCAGAGCUGCAGACUCAUUUUGGCCCAGCAUCAGAGAGCGAGGGAGCAGAGAAGGAUGCAGAUGAGGUGGACGUGGAGGAGGAUGGUGAGUUUGGGGCUGCGGAGCCCGUUGCUCCUGAGGAUACAGGGCUCACUUCAGGGGUCAGUACCCUCAGCUCAGUCAUCUCCCACGAUUCCCAGCGCGCACAGCACCCGCUUGGAGUCCAGCUCACCCGCCUCAAACAGGAGACAAGCAGACUGCUAGAAGAACUGGUGCAGAAAGAGAAAGAGUACCAGCAGAUACUGAGGCAAACUAUUCAACAGAGGGUGCAUGACCUGGAGCUCUACCGACUGCGAAACCAGACUGCCACAGUAGAAACACCUUCUCCGUCCAUAUUCCGCAUCACAUCAGAGCCGGAACCAGACAAAGAGCUGGCAGACUGGCUGAAGGAGCAGGGUGCCGAUUCAGAGACCGUAGACAAGUUCGUAGUGGAGGAGUAUACACUGAAUGAUGUUCUGAAUGACGUCACUAAGGAGGACCUGCGACACAUGAGCCUGCGUGGCGGGGUGCUGUGCCGUAUAUGGAGGGCCAUCCAGAGGCAUCGCAGCAGAGAGGAGAGGAGAAUAAGGAGCAAUGAGCUGAACUCUGAGGGAUGAGCAGAGCCUCAGAAUUCUCCUUCUAACGGACACUGAAUCUACAUGACGUUUGUGCACCAAUCAGAGCAACACUUGUCCUUUCUCAAAAUCCCUCUGAGCAGUUAGACUCACUCGACUGGUCCGUGCAUAAAAAUGGUCGAUUCUCUCUUUAUUUAUAUUAUUUUAUUUUUUUGCCUUGACACCUCAAAUUUGCAUGGAGAGCUUCCUUGUUUCUCUCUCUGAACUUUCCAUUGACUUCGACGCUUUAUAGGCCUUUCAAGCUUUCAGAGCCCAGUACCACUCUGAGUAACUGUAUGUCUUUCUUUGUCUUCUAAUCUGUUUUCAUUUUUAGUCACGGAAAGCAAGCCAGUUCAUUGAGCAUGUACUUUCUGCAGGGUGAACCGCUGUCAUGCUUUUGCAGCAGCUGUUCCUCGGAUUCUCAGACCUGUUCCGACUACAAUAGGAGCCUUCAAAGUGCCUUUAACCACAGCUGGAAGAAAUUCGUUAUUAAAGACUAAAAGCCGCAUCCUGAUUUGACUUUAUCUUCCUGGAAGACAGAAGAUCAGGGUGACUUGUGUCAGAGUGAUCAGGGUUUUUUAGAAAAACAGUGACUUGAACUGAUCAGAGCUACGCUGAUGCUGUUCUUGUUUUUUCAGUAUUAACAGACGUCUGUAAAGAAUUUAAAUUCUGUGGUAUUUCUGUGUAACUACACUUAAAUGUAAAUAUAUGGAUAUAUUUAGGUAUAAUUCUGAAUAUACACCACAAAAUAAAUAAAUCUUACCCAAAAAAAAAAAAUUAAAAUCUUAUUCCUGAUUUAUAGAAACGUUAAUUGGAAUUUAUCUGUGUAGGGGUCCAAGCACUCAAAACAAUAUAUAGCCAUAUUAUGAACAUAUUAAUAGUAGCAUACUGUGUAUUAUUUGCAUAUAUUUCACCUCAGAUAGAAGAUAAUAAUGUUUGAAAAGCUUGGGGCCCAAAGCAAAUUGUCUCAGAAAUCUUAAACACCAACUUAUGCCAUAGAUACAGCGGUCUGGUUGCAAUUAGUUCUUAUUAGCCAUAUUUCAUGUGUUCUGACUUAUGUAAAUCAAAACACGUCUAUAGGGAGUUAUUGAACACUGUAAUUAAAUUAAUUAUAUAACUAUUCAUUCAAAUACCUUAGCAGCUUUAAUUAUUGUUUGAUAGAGCACACAUUGUUCCAUAACAGAUUGGAAAGACACUAAAAAUCGGCACUUUACUAAGUUUUAUAUCAGGAUUGUAUUAUAUACUCAGGAGUUACAUGUGUACAUUCAGAUUUACAUAUUUAAAUUUAAUUCACAUUUAUAUUCAGAAUUAUAGCUAUAAUGUUAAUAUUUAUGUAUCCAUGGUCAGAAAUGUUUUAUGUGAAAUGCUUUGUGAUUUUUAGAAGGAAUGUAUACAAGCCCUAAAAGGCCAUGGGUUCAUACAUAUUAUUUACGUUGUUUUCCAGUGAUAAUUGGUUAAUUAUCAUAUGUUUUCUCUAGCUAUUUGUCAUUAUCACGACAGAACAAAUUUUUUCCCAAAAUAACAGGAAUUUUCUGGAGAUUUUUUUGUGAGAUACCGUAAUUCACUUGUUUUCCUGAGACAUGGGACACUUAAAUGUUUACCAGCACUGGAGUUUUUGCCUUUGCUGCAGUUUACAGCCUGACAUGAUUAUUUGAAUAAUGUGCAGGAAUCCGAUGAAGAUUAGAUUAUUGGGUGCAUGUAACCACACUCACUGAGAGUGUUUACAUGCACAUCGAUAAUAUGAUCGUUAUCAGAUUUCAACAGCCUGUUUAUAUCUCAAACAGCACACAGAUUUUUUUAGGUGGUAUUAACGUCAUUAUCUUGUGUCAAAUUUAAGCAGCAUUUAACACGGCACCGGCAAGAUGGCAACAAAACACUUUUGGAGCGAAGCUGAAACUAACUGCAUGCUCGAACUUCGAUACUCUUUAUCUUCUAGAUGAUGUAUAUUCAAAUUUUCUACUAAAUGACUCAGUGUUUAAAAUAAAUUGACAUUACAGCGUUACGUUACAUUUACAUCACAUGGAGUUUUCCCAUAAUCUGAUUACGCAAAAGCAUGUAAACGCACCAAAAUGCAUUACUCACAAAAUCCAAUUGUCUGCAGUUAUCGAAUUAUUAAACACAUUAUUUUCUGACUGCUAUUUUCUAAUGAAAAGGAUAAAAAGGAAAACGUAUAUUGUUUCUGUGAGAUCUCAAAAUGAAUUGUCAUCUUUUUUUUCCUGUUCUCUCAAAAUUGUUUAUGUUGUGAUAAUGGCAUAUGAUUACCACAGGAAAACAGUAAAUAACGUAUGCAAAUCCACAGCCUUUUAGGGCUCGCGUAGGAAUGUCUGGACAAAAAUCCAUCAAACCUCUUGGACCAGGGCCAAGUAGCCUCACUAUAUAAGCAGCCAUUCUCUGUGAUAUAAUUUUGAUACCAGUACUCUGAGCCAGGCUGUUGGCAAAAGCUUGUACUUUACCAGUGUAUUUUGGGUGUACUUGAUUUGAACAUUGUAACUGCUGUGUAAAGAUUCCUGUAAAGUGUAAAUUUUUCCACUGAGUCAGAAGUUACACUGGACACUUUACAGGAAACCUGAAUGUUAUGGUUUGAUGUAUUGAAAGUGGCAUGAUGUUCCACGGCUUUGGGCGUGGAAACGUUGGGUUGAACUGUGAUGCCUUGCAUAAUAAGAUAAACGCUUUUUUCCAUGCACUACAUAUUUGUAUAAAACGAACAUGAGGCAGUAGAGCUGCUAGUAAUCAGAAAGACAUCACAGGCAUUCAUCCACGGUGCACUGCCAGUGUGGUACUUCUGAGCAUAGUUUCAUCAUAUCAUCAGACUCCACUUCCGUGUCUCUCAAACCACUGUUUGUUGUAUCUUCACUGUGGAAAGCGCAGCACUGAUAAGUGCAGCUGAUAGGAGGGGAUGUUAUGUUACCGCAGAAGAAGUUGCUACAUGCAUGAUUUAAACUCAAAAUAGAUGUUGCAAUGUCUUAAAAACAACCAAGAUCAAAAGACUUGCAGUCUUCUCCAGUGGGGCUAAGAUGAAGAUAAGGCCUUGAAGGGCCUACAUUUUUCUUGCCUGUGUUUUGUCUCUGAUGUUCGAUUAUGAUAUUGGUGAGGGUUAAAAUACCAAGAAUGUCGUUUUUUUUUUUUACAAGACCAUUUCCAAAUCGCUCACAUCCCUAGGCUGUUUUCCUUGCUGUGGCUUUAAAGCUACGUUCACAUUACCAGGCUAAAGUGGCACAAAUCCGAUUCUUUGCCCUAAUGUGACUCUGAUGUUUUGAAGGCUGUGAUCUUUUUAAAUCCGACUUGAGCCACUUUCAUAUGUGGUCCUUGAUCGGAUACAUAUCCGAUUGUGGUCAUGCAAUCUUAAUAUGACACUCAGGAAUCGGAAUCGGAAUUCCUGUGCUUUUUUUCCACUGCACGUGUGCCGUCAUUCAGCAUUACUCUGGCAGCAGCCUCAAACAGACGUUAAAGCCUGUGAACGGUGGGAAAAAAAAACACCUUUUUCUCCUCCGUCUGGCUCUAAUAAUGAAGCUGAGAGCUGAUCAGAGUUAAUGAUCUUCUCAGCGAAGCUCGUUCUGCUCGUUAGUGUGUGCUGAUGAUGCAGUGAUUCAGUCACGUGACGUUACUGAGUUUUUUUGCCAUGUUGUGCGUUUUGAUAAAUCUCGUCUCCUGUGUAUGGACUAUAGUAUCUGCUUGUGAACAUUUGGAACGGGUGUUCCUGUGCCUUUUAAAUUAUUACGUGUCUGUCUUUGGCCUUGGUAAGGUUUUUGACUGGAAUCUGAAUUUCAGGACGCCGGCUCGUUCACAUUAAUGACGGAUUUGAAUCAAUUACCUAAACGACCGUGAACCACCAUGUCAGAGAGAUCGGAUUUGAGCAAUGAGGCUUGUAAUGUGAAUGUAGCCUAAGACUGAUAUAUGUAAAUGAGCUCUGUUCUGAUUGGCUGACCUGUGUUGUGCCUCGUUCAGAAAGUAGUCUGAGCUAAAACACUCCUUACAGUGUUCGUGGGCAGGGAUAAACUUUGGUAGGCCAAGUAGCUUGGUUUUCAUAUAUGGGCUGUAUGGACUGGGCAGUGAAGGGCAUGUCUUGAAAUGUUUUACAUAUAUACUACAUCAAUUUUAAAAAAGUGAGGAAAAUCUGUUUUUCCAUGAAAUGGGCCCUUAAAUGCUCCCUCACGUUCUUUGACCCUGCUGACUAACCUGCCCGAGUCUGAACUGAACAUUCAAACGACAGAUUUAUAAGACCAAAGCACCUGAAGUGCCGGUACCUGAACCAUAUAUGUGUAUUUUCUUGUGUUUUUUGCCACGUUGUGUGUGUUUUGGUACAUCUCAUCUCCUGUGUAUGGACUAUAGUAUCUGUGUGUGAACAUUUGGAACGUGUGCUCCUGUGCCUUUUAAAUGAUUAUGUGUGUGUCUUUGGCCUUUGUAAGGUUUUUGACUGUAAUCUGAGAUAAUUACAUACAAAGCACUGCAAUGCAUGAGGAAUCUGCAUCUAGAAUGGAAAAAAGUCACUUACACUGAACUGCAUAACCUCUCAGCACCCAAAUAAACUCAGAACUUCCACAAU